UUUUGUCCUUUUCUGUAAUAAUACAGUUAUUAUUUCAAAUUUCUCUUCUCUGACAUGGUUGCUCUUUCUCAUAAACCUUUCAACUCUUCUCUUUUCUUCUCUAACAAUUUCCCGCCAGAUUUUGAAUUUCUUAUCAAUGGAGAGAUUUUAUAAUUCUUCUGAACAGCGUGAUGACGAUAGCUAUAGCAAUCCGAGUACGUCGCAGAGGGAAUUGGAAGUUGAUUUCAACGACGUGUUUGGGGGACCGCCGCGGCGGUCGUCGGGGUUCAGUGGAGAAGAAGGUGAAUCGGGAUGCUGUAAGUGGCCGAUGGAGGGUGAGAGAGGGAAAUCGGUGUUUGGUGAUGAUAGUGGAGUUAGAAGACGUUACACAAACAAAAAGGCUAAAGAUUUCUUUGAUGAUAUAUUUGGAGGAGAAGAAUCUCAGUCUCAGUCUCAGAGUCCGAGUGGGUGUUCAACGCCGAAGAAACGCGAUCUUCAGCCACUUGCGUCUUCUCUCCCUCCAUCCUUCAGCCUUCCGGCCACAUCGACGAAAGGGAUAUUUGGUUCACCUCCUAGUAGUAGGAAUCCGCUCGACAAUAAUAUUGCUGCUUCAAAUGGAUUAGUGUUCUCAGAUUCUAAUCUAUCUCGAUUUUCAGCUCAACAUAAGGAGUCGCGAAAGGAUUUGAAACCGUCUAACAGGCAAAGUCUGCUAUCGAAGGAGUUUUCAAACUCGGGCCUAUCUGAUAAAGUAGACAAAGGAAACAUUAUGAAACAGGACACGUCUGUUACUGAAGUUUCUCCGGAUGAUAAUGAUAAUACCAGCAAUGAGAAGUUUCAUUUCUCAAUAUAUAAAUGGGCGAGUAAAGGGGUGACUUUGGCAAUGCCUAUUAGGUCAGAGAGAAUCUCAAGGUCAAAAAAUAAGUUUAAACUCGAGAAAUGCUCGAGCGCUAAGGAUUGGAUCGUCACUGAGAUUACCACUCAAAAUGAUAGUCCUAUAGUGUACAAUGAUUCUUCUUUGACUAGAAAUGAAAAACAAGAUGUGUCAAAAACUACCACAACCAUUCAAAACAAGGUAGAUUCAGACCAGACGGUAAAACAUAGAGUUUCUGGCAAAGAUUCAAUUGAUUCAUUGAGCAGCCGUGAAACUCUUAUCAAAGAUGUUCUUGUCAGUCCUGUCACAAAAGAGUCCAAAGCAGAAUCAAAUACUCUUUCUACAAGUGAGAUAGUCUUCUAUGGAAAAAUCGAAGCAGCAAAUGAAACUCAGAAGCAUGAUUCCAAAUCAUUAAAUUCUCUGUUCGGUAAAAGUAAUAAGAAACAAGAUGAUGAUGCGAUAACUAGAAAGGCAAAAGAAGGAAACAAGGGGAAAAGCUCAAAGAAAUUGUCUUCUAAUCUUGAUAUUCCUAUAAAUCCAAAGCAAGUUUAUAUGUCAGAUGAUGGAGAGAUAACUAGAAAAACAAGAGAAGAAAACACAGCAAAAAGCUCAAAGAAGUUGUCUUCUAAUGUUGAUAUUCCUAUAAAUCCAAAGGAGCAAGUUUUGACAGGUGAUGGUGAGAUAACUAGAAAGGCAAGAGAAGGAAACACAGCGAAAAUCUCAAAGAAACUGUCUUCUAAUUUUGAUAUUCAUGUGAAUCCAAAGAAGCAAGAUGAAAAGCGAAAGACAGUUCCCAUGAGAGGUGUAGAAUAUAGCAAAGUUACUUCUGAGGCUUUAUUAAGCCCAGGCAGAAGAAGUAUGGGGAAAGGCCGAGUUAAAGGAAAGGUCAAAGACUUCGUUCAAAUAUUCAACCAAGACGCUGAAACAAAGCCCAAAGCCGACUCAAAAUCUCGACUUCAGGGUUAUGCAUACAAGCAGAAAGGAGCUGUGAGGGCAAAUAAUGAUGUGGAUGGUGAAGCUGAAAAGUCCCGGAAGGAGAUCUCUAACAUAGAGAUCACGGACAUGCCUGCCAAUAGUUUUUCACAGCAGGAUGAUAUCUCAGCAUCAGAAAUUCAUGACAUUUCAUUUGCGGAAGAUAUAGGAGAUAAAGACGAGUCCUUCCAUGAGAAUUUCACGAUCCAAGUAUUAUCCGAAGAUGAGGGUGAGGUCGCACAGAACCAAGAAAUUCAAGAAAUCCAAGUUAUUGACAAGAAGAUUCAACAAUGGUCUAAAGGGAAGGAAGGAAACAUACGCUCGCUGCUGUCUACAUUACAAUACGUACUUUGGCCAAACUGUGGCUGGAAGCCUGUGCCUCUUGUCGAUAUUAUUGAAGGGAAUGCGGUGAAAAGAUCAUAUCAAAGAGCUUUACUCAGUCUGCAUCCAGAUAAGUUGCAGCAGAAGGGUGCGACUUCGGAACAAAAAUACAUUGCCGAAAAAGUUUUUGAUAUUUUACAGGAGGCAUGGACUCAAUUCAACAUGGUUGGUCCACUCUAAUGCCUGUCAAUACUCAAUACCAGAAGCUAUCUUCUGCAGUCUGUAUACUAGGGAGUAGAUGUUGUAUUUAUUGGAACUGUAGUGGUUUUCCUAUUUCUUUAUCAAAUUGAAUAUAAAUGGAUUACUCCACUCUGGUAUGUAUACAAAUAAGAAUAUAUUAGUCUUUUUUUUCUUACAGCACAUUAUUCUUUAUUUAUGUAUUAGUACAGUAAAUAUAUCAAUAGGAAAUGCAAGGCAACAGCAGAGUUCAAGCUGUGGUCUAUAUAAAUUUUCUUUGUACCUGUGACUUUUAUUCAAUGUUAUUUAUCCAUUGAUGCAUAUUCUUAAUGCUAUAUAUCAAUAUAUACAGUUUUAUGGUUUAGAAACUCUCAGUAUACCAAUUAUAUAAUUUAAGCUCCUCUCCUCACCUCAAAUUUUUUCUCUGCCUUCUCUCUAAUCAUCCAGUUCCUCUCCUCUCCUCUCCUAAAAUCCAAGCUACCAGCCAUUGAUGUAGCUCCCGGUUUUGAGAGCGUGACGCCCAUCAGGUCGCUCUACCAUUAACCUCCACUGAAGUUGGAGAGCAGUUGUUAUCCUAUUCAUGUUUCCGACAAAACUUUCGGAUCAUUGCCAAGAGAUAGUUUAGUCCAACAAAGGCGGUUCUCUAUUUUAUGCUCUCUAGCGACAGUGGUCUUCGAGUUUUUGCUCAACAAUGGUUGGGUUCUAUUUCUACUCGCCAACAAUUUGGUUUCGUUCUUUGAAAAAAAGAAUGGGUGUAUACCAUGAAUCUGCUUCUUUGGUUCGUGCUUGGAUUCAGAUUUUUUUUGGGUUUGAUUGGUCCCUUAGAUCUAGAUUUUGUUGUUCUUUAAUAUGGACUAGUUAUGACUAAUUGUCACUGGACUA